AUGGGGAAUUGUUGUGGCAAUCCGAGUUCGGCUACGAACGAAAGUAAACAAGGGAAACCCAGGAACAAGAACAAUCCUUUCUACAGCACCGAGUACACUGCAGCAAAUGGAUCUGGAGCUGGCUUUAAGCUCUCCGUGUUGAAAAACCCAACGGGGCAUGACAUAUCCUCGCAGUAUGAUCUGGGACGGGAGGUUGGUCGAGGCGAGUUCGGUAUAACUUACUUGUGUACUGAUAUCAAAACGGGCGAGAAGUAUGCGUGCAAGUCCAUAUCGAAGAAGAAGCUGAGAACAGCAGUGGAUAUAGAGGAUGUGAGGAGGGAGGUUGAGAUUAUGAAGCAUAUGCCUAAACACCCAAAUAUCGUCUCUUUGAAGGAUUCCUUUGAGGAUGAUGAUUCCGUGCACAUAGUUAUGGAGUUGUGUGAAGGAGGGGAACUGUUUGAUCGGAUUGUCGCAAGAGGACACUACACUGAGCGAGCUGCUGCUGCGGUUAUGAAGACUAUAAUUGAAGUUGUUCAGAUAUGCCAUAAGCAGGGAGUGAUGCAUCGGGAUCUUAAACCAGAAAACUUUCUUUUUGCUAAUAAGAAAGAGGCAUCACCUCUUAAGGCCAUUGAUUUUGGAUUAUCCGUCUUCUUUAAACCUGGUGAACAGUUUAAUGAGAUUGUUGGAAGUCCUUAUUACAUGGCACCGGAGGUACUGCGACGAAACUAUGGACCUGAGAUCGAUGUCUGGAGCGCAGGAGUCAUCCUCUAUAUUCUUCUCUGUGGUGUCCCGCCAUUUUGGGCCGAGACUGAACAAGGAGUGGCUCAAGCGAUCAUUAGGUCAGUAAUUGACUUUAAGAGAGAUCCGUGGCCAAGAGUUUCUGACAGCGCCAAAGACCUUGUGAGAAAGAUGCUUGAACCUGAUCCCAGAAAACGGCUUUCUGCUGCAGAAGUUCUCGCUCAAGAAACGAGCUCUUCGAGUAUUGUUUCUGUGAUAGCUGAACACUUGUCAGUGGAGGAAGCAGCUGGGAUAAAGGAAGCAUUUGAAAUGAUGGACGUAAACAAGAGAGGCAAGAUAAACCUCGAGGAGCUUAAGUAUGGACUUCAAAAAGCUGGACAACAGAUUGCUGAUGCCGAUCUUCAGAUUCUCAUGGAAGCUACUGAUGUUGAUGGAGAUGGGACACUGAACUAUGGCGAGUUUGUGGCUGUUUCGGUGCACCUUAAGAAGAUGGCGAAUGAUGAACAUUUGCAUAAAGCUUUCAACUUCUUUGAUCAGAAUCAGAGUGGUUACAUAGAGAUUGAAGAACUUCGUGAAGCCUUGAAUGAUGAAUUGGAUGAUACUAGCAGUGAGGAAGUUAUCGCUGCCAUCAUGCAAGAUGUUGAUACCGACAAGGACGGACGUAUAAGCUAUGAAGAGUUUGUUGCGAUGAUGAAAGCUGGUACAGAUUGGAGAAAAGCGUCGCGUCAGUAUUCUCGUGAAAGAUUCAACAGUUUAAGCCUCAAGUUAAUGAGAGACGGUUCAUUGCAAUUAGAAGGAGAGACCUAA